GGUUAAACAAUGACAAUUUUAUGAUUGGGUUACACUACAACAAGCUUCUGGUUAAAUCAUCGAGACUAAAAUGUGUGGCAUUUGCUGUGUUUUCUCUUCAGUUGACGGAUCAGAUCAGCAUACCCAUGAACAGAGCAGGCUGGCACACAGAGGUCCGGACAGAAGUCACCAGUGCAGUCUCAAUCUAGCCUGCGGUUUAAAGGCCACCUUCAUUGGGCAUGUGCUACAUCUCCGUGGCAACUGCCUGGCAACACAACCUGCUGAAGAUGCAUAUGGAAACUUGUUGCUUUGGAAUGGGGAAAUAUUUGAUGGAAUCGAGGUACCUGAUGGUGAAAGUGACACCGAUGUCUUGUUGGCAAAGCUUGGAUGUUGCAAAAAUGAGGAUGAAAUACUGGCAACAAUGGCACAAGUUCAUGGCCCUUGGUCCUUUAUUUACUGGCAGAAAGACAAUCAGAGCCUGUGGUUUGGGCGAGACAUGUUUGGUAGGCGUAGUCUUCUGUGGCAUCUACCAUCUGAUUGGAAGGAUGAAUUCUACCUUUCCUCUGUGAAACUUGACAACAAGGUUCACACAGAGGUUCCUGCAAUAGGCAUCUUUAAGUUGACUCCCCCAGCCUCACAGACUGGUUGCUAUAGCAUCACAGUGUUUCCAUGGAGACUUGCAGUGUGGCCAGGGACACUAGAACCCGUGCAACAGGAUUUCAGCAAUAGGCUUUCUGCUGGUCAGAGCCUGUCAGAAGGUUAUGUUCAGGUAACACUUUCGUCGAAUGAGGUUCCUUCACACCGACCUACUAUCAACAGAACCUUUCCACCUGAUGGACUGUCCCGGCCACCUGCUCUUCCAGGACAGAGUCACCUAGAAUACCUGCAGGAUCCGAAAGAGGCUGGCUCAGAUGACGAGAACGUGUUGCAAACCAGCGAGCAGUACAGGAAGCUUUCUGACCAGCUGCUUUCUGUGCUGUUGAUGGCUGUUAAGACUCGAGUCCAUAAUCAUGUACCGUUGAAGCGUCAAACGGUAAUUAAUGACAGUUCAGUUGACAGCACUGUUGAGCAGAAUUCCAAUGGCUGCAAUUCACUGGACAUGCCUGAUACCUGCAUGAAGUCCGAAGCAAGAAUUGCCAUACUGUUUUCAGGUGGCAUUGAUUCCACAGUGAUAGCGGCAUUGGCAGACAGAUGUGUUCCCAUCAGAGAGCCUAUAGACCUUCUAAACGUGGCUUUUGAACAGAUUCCAAAAGAGCAAGAUAAGAGAAGAAAAAGAUGUGAACAUGCAUCUGAGUCUAAUCGCUGGAGCGUGCCAGACAGACUGACAGGCUACACUGCACUCUCAGAACUCAAUCCAGACCGACCUUGGAACUUCAUAGAGGUGAAUGUGACAGGAGAAGAACUAAAAAUAACAAGAGAGGCCCACAUAAAGGAGCUGGUGUACCCGCUCGUGACGGUACUAGACGACAGCAUCGGCUGUGCAGUGUGGUUUGCCACCCGUGGUUGUGGGACACUGGGUAACGGUCCUCACCAGGGCGCCAGGAUAGUCAGCACUGCAAGGGUGGUGUUGUGUGGUAUGGGGGCUGAUGAGCAGCUGGCUGGGUACUCCAGACAUAGGAAUGUAUACCAAGCUGGUGGAUUAGAAGCACUUAAUGAAGAGCUGGAGUUGGAACUGAGUCGUAUAUCGGCGCGAAACUUGGGCAGGGAUGACAGAGUGAUCACCGACCAUGGAAAGGAGUCCAGAUUUCCGUUCCUAGAUGAAAAAGUGGUCCAGUAUUUAGCAGGUCUCCCCACACACCAGAAGGCCUGUUUAGAUUUAUCUCGGGGUCUAGGUGAGAAAUUUCUGCUGCGUUUGUGUGCCGUGCAGCUACAGUUAAUGUCGACCUCCACUCUGGCAAAACGGGCUAUACAGUUCGGCUCCAGGAUUGCUAAGCUCGAGAACUCAAAGGAGAAGGCAACAGAUGUGUGUGAUAGACUAUGAUGAGAAUGUAUGUUGUGAGGCGCAUCGUGCGAAAAUGGGUAUUUUUGUGGCCAGUGAAGCUUCGAAAUAGGCUGCGGAACCGCGCUGUCUCAACAAACCAUGUCUGAUUAAAGUCUCACAUGGUUUAGUGGUCUAAUGAGCGGGCAUUAGACACGCCAGAGAAUACGGACGCAUCGGCUAUUGUGGGGUUACACUAGAAUAUGUCCUAAGGCCCAUUUUGGCACGGUGUGGCUGAUGUUGCUUGAAUGUAAUAAAAUUCAAAAUGCAUGUACAUUAAGAUGUAUUCUUGACCAUUAUUUUACGUCCACGUCUAUGCUGAUGUUUCUAAAUCCAAGCUAAAUGUUACGGACACAUUUAAUUCAAACUGGGAAAAAUGCAUUGUAGAAUUGUGAAACCAUUACAUUUAUAUUAAACACGAGUAAAAAUG